UACCCGAAUCUCCAACAACUUCCUGGACCCUCAGACAGCUAUGGCUCCUUCUUGGAAAUAAUCAGCUUGAAAAAUUGACCAGGUCGAGCAAUUGUUCGUCAUGUUCUCCCUCGGAGCUUUCUCCGGCGCUAGCUUCAUAGCAGCAGAUCCAGAAGAGCCCAGAACUCCGCCUGCGUCACCGACACCCGUUUCCUUUCCGCAAUAUGACCAACAUACGACUUCGCCAAGGCCGUGGAGUAGUAACAACCCACCCCCAGAUCUAAACUAUCUCUUCUCGCAUACCACUCGACAUGUCGACAUCAAGUCUUCGCACCUGGAUGUGUUGAACGUCAACCUAUCCUCAGAGCCAUGUUCUGCUGGCGACCUUAUUCCCCGUGGCGUCAAUGACACUGACUUCUAUCCUCAUUGGCAAGUGCCAUCUGUUCCCGACGAAGAGUCUCUCAAAGUCGGACCGAAUGGUCGGCCUUUGCGCCCGGUCCUCACAAUCGAAGAAAGGCUCCGGAAAGACUUCAUCGAGCGACUGUCCGAAUUGGAGACCGAAAAUGAUACUGCAUUUCGUGUACUGAACAAGAGAAAUCUUCCUGGUGUCCGGCCACCUCGGAUAGCCACGAUGCGAAAAUUCUGGGCGCAGCUGGAAAAUCUUAGCCACUACUGGGAUGUCAGCCUUGACGAUUAUUUCCAAGUCAUGGAAGCUGAGCCCGACGUGGAAACUCAAGAGAUGAACAUUGAUCCCCCUCGCGAUCAUUCUGGCGAGCAACCAUCACCUACCGUGAAGAGUCCCAAACGUCCAAGAGUAGAUGAUGGGACGAAAGCCAUACUAAGUGGUGUCGCCUCCGAGACUCAGGAUUCCAAAUGCGAUCGUGACGAUAACGGUGAUACGAUAAUGACCGACGACGAUCCCUCUGUGACUUCUGACCCAGACAAUGCUGCUUCCAACUCGACCCCGGAUUCUGCUCAGCCGGGAGCCAUGCGUGAAAAACGCCAGUACAAAGGCCGUCGACUCGGUACUGGUCGAGACAUGCCGGAUCGCUUUCGAAGCGAUGCUAUCCUCGCCUUUGUGGAGGGCUGUGUAUGGCCUUUCAAUUCCACAGUCAUACCUCCGCGGAGGGCCCCUGCAGUACGUUUCGGCAAUCUGAAUAUUCCCAUCAAGCAAAUCGCCAGCGUGUAUAGACUUCCCAACGAUGUUGCACGUCGACGAGCAGGCUGGAUUCAAGGGCCUCUGAUUGGACUACAGUCACGCUUGGAAGUCGAGUUUUCCGUCGAGAACAGACAAGAUGACGACGAAGCUGAUGCUCUCAAUCAUGAUGUCUUGCCCAGUAGGACACAUCCGGCUAUCACUGCACGUAUGAGAAAAGAAAAAGCCAGCUCAUCCGCCGUGUCUACAAACUCGGAGAAAAUGGACGUUGACAUUGUCGAUUCUGCUGCUUCUCUCGGCGCCGGAGCUGUCGAUGCCUUUCAAAAGCCGGCGCUUCCCUCUUCGCUAAGCAGUUUCAAAGCCCGAGCCGCCAAGAAGAAGCCUCCACCUGUGGUCGAGCCCGUUGCUCGUGGACGGCUCGAUAUUCUCCGAGAAAUUGGUCUUUUGCUCGAAAUCGCUCAGGAACGUUACCGUGAAGGCAAAACUGAAUCUAGGCCUGGAGCAGGCCAAUGGUGGACAGAGAAGCCACGUUGGGGAGGUGGCAAGGGCGGACCUGUAGGUGAUGCCGACAAGCCUGGUGACAAAUCUCCCUCUAUCCCGAGCGGAGGUGCUGACUCGCCGUCCGGUAUUGAUCCUAAUGCAACAGCCGCCCGUCCGACCGUUGCGGUUCCCCAGCGGCCCUCGCCGAUUCCGAGCGCAGCCAUCAGACAAGUCUCGGCUGCAUCCGCGACGACUCUAGACUUUUCAUCACUCAGAAACAAAAAUGGCACAAGUAGCACGACCAUCGUGAACGGCCUCGGAAGACCCUCAUCUUCAUCCAACAAGGACCCAUCUCCCACUCAUGAAGCAGCAAAGCCCACCAAAGACGAUGCCAGAAAACCAUCCUCUGCCUCGGGUGCCCCAAUCCAUCCUUCCCUCCCCACCACGUCUUCCCUCCCACCUCCCUCACUCAUGAAAUCGCCCAACUCGUCAAGUAUCGAUCCAAUUCUAGCGGCAGCAGCCACGCCAUCGGCAUCUUUCGCCAAUGAAAUGUUCGCACGCCAUCAACGUCGAGAGAGGAAAUCGCCCGCAGCGAUGUGGGAAACUCUCCGCUGUCCGACCGCGACUUGGGACGCCAAGACGGAAUACCGGGCGAUCGGGAAGGGCAAUAUCUCGACGAAUCCCCCUUCAUCUGACGCGACGGCACCCAAAGACAGCGAGGAGAAAGCCUCCAUGAGCAAGAACAGAGAGGAUAUGAGCAACAGCGGUCAGGUCGAAGGUCCGAAUGCGGCCAAGGAGGAAUACAAACCCCCAAAGACAGCAUCGCAAGCAGCAAACCGAGACGGCUGGGACGAGGUCUUCAUCGUCUCCUCCCUGAACCACCACAUCUCCAUCCUCCGUCUGAGCGUACACGAUGCAUAUCUGGAAUGUCUCCUCACGGGGAAAAUGCCAUCAUCAUCGUCAUCGUCAUCGUCAUCAACUGAUCCCUCUACUGCAGGACUAAGCUCGUCAGAGAAAUUUUCCGAAGAAGCGGGCGAGGCAGAAGAGAAGAGACAUUGGUCCAUCCCCCGUAUCCGUCGCUCGAAGUGGUACGAUCUCCUGAACGCCGAGGAUCGCUGCGAGGCUUUCCGUGUGCUGUGGGGGAUCAUGGCGUAUCUAUGUCGCGAUGAGACGAUCUGAGCGUACCUAUCGAUGAUCGUCACACGUCUUGGAUCAUGACAUCUCACACAUCUCGAGAACGACCAUUUACAUCCCCCACGUCGCUCUGAGUAGUUUCUGGCAUUGGCUCAGCGGGAGACAAUGUUUUCU